GAUGUUUCAUCAAAAUUUGGAUCGACGGUGAAACGAAUAAUUUGGAGGAUAUCGAGGAUACUCGAAAUAUGUUACGGAAACGCGUGACCUUGCUGCUGACCCUCGCGGCGCUCAGCUUAUCCCGAGCCAACGAGGAAAAAGACACGAGGCAAUCUCAUCAUCGACAGAAACGAGUGUUCUGGAUCACGAACGACGGCCGGAUCGCUCUCCCGCCUGGAACUGUCAUGACUAUCACUCCCACACUCGCCCUACCCUUCGUCCGAUAUCCGCCCUCUGGGUUUCUCAGCAAUAUGACCAUAAGUCUUCCGUUUACGAUUGACUUUGACAAAUUGGGCCUGACCGACAACGAAAAUCCUUACGGAGCGUUGCCAAGUGUCUUCGAUCGUGGAAUGAAAAGUCGACAAGCCGGUAUGUUAAUGGCCGAUUUUAUAGCGUCAUUUAUAAAGCGACGAAUUCACAAGAGGGAAAUUCAGGAUGCACCGAAAAAUGCUUUCCAUGGCGGCGAGAGAGCGCUACUCUACGGCACUGCCGAAGACAUGCUCAGCACUCUCGGCCUCGAUGGGAAAGCUUGCUUGUUACGAGCUAUUUGCGAAGUUCAAGGUCACCCGCUCAACAAUUUUGGCCUUAUUGGUGAAAUGCUCAAAUUGUUCUUCACAGCGAGCAAGUCGCCUUUUGCAUACAUGCUAAAGGAAUACGUCGAGGCUGAAAAUCGAGGAAAGAAACACGGCGAGUGUUGGCCGUAUUUUAAAAAUUGUCCGAAAUCACUUUUUUUACCCUCUGACAACAAAUAUUCGAAAGAUUCGAAUGAGAAUGAUGCAGCCUCCGGGUUGGACAACGAUAUAAACGAUACAUACGAUUCAUACGUCGACAGUGAGAUCGACGAGUCUCAAAAUGUCAGAAGAAAACACACGAUACAUCCAUCAAUGUAGCAAAGACGAUUAUAAUCGUAACAUAGAUUUCGAAAAUUCAACUAAAAACCAUCAUUUUUAAUGUCGAGCUCGUUUGGCUAUUUUUAUGAAGGAGAUAAUGAUUGCAUUACCAGUGAAAGCCAAAUUAUCAGUGAGACUAUACAGUGAGAUUUUUAUAAAUACAUUUUGAAAAGAUGAUAAAAGAAAACGAAACUAUAAUAUUGCUCAGAAUGCAACAUCGCAUGCAAAGUAUGCAUAAUAGCUAGACCUCAGAUUAUGUAUAUUGAACGUAAUAUUGUAUUUAUUACUACUAGAAAUUUCGAAUAGUAAAAUUAUUUUUAAACGUCGAUAAGAAAAACGUGGCAAAGCUCUCAAAAACAGAGCCAUCGCGAUAUGAACGAUCCCUUUGAUACAACAAUCUGUGUUCACAAAAAAAUAUACAUUUACGCAUAUAUAUUUCACUGCCAUAAUAAUAAUAAUAAUAAUAUAAAUGUUAAAACUGUGACAGAUAUAAUGUUUAUUUUUACACUGUGUUUUCAAUUAAUGAAACUUGUACAUAAAAGAGUAUUCUUAUAAUGUAUCAAACGCUUUAUGUUAAUAUAGCUUCCUCAUAUAUAAUAAAACCUUCAAGCUUACAACGUCAAAUGACAAAACAGCCUUUAAAAUGCAACAGCCAAAAGUUUCAAAUUAUACCACGAGAUGACGUCUCGAUGCAGAGAAUGCGCAGCAGCGCCGACGAAAUAUCGAUAUAUCGAAUUCAAACUAUCGUCGCGAUACGUUGACGCGAUGAUAUAUAAAAAAAUAAAAUGGUCGUGUUUGUAAAAACCAAAAACCAAGGUCUGUGGAUUGGUAGCAUAUUACAUAAGUGAGAUCUUCCGAAGGACCUCGAUAUCUUUCAGUAUUCGUACUGUAGUCAUAGGAGGCACAAUAAAAAUGAUGAGCGAUCAUUAGUAAUUUUUUAAUUAAACGAAUAAAAUUUUCAGUGGAAGUUAA